GUAACAUCUGUCGGCUACCUUAUAAUCAACGUAUAUAAUACGCACAACUUCUGUCAAGAUUAGUAUGCCCUUCACUACGAAAGGUUCAAGUUGUGCUGUGCUGCUAUUUUGAUCAUGACUGCAAUACCAUUUUCGAUAGUCGACGCGUUCUGCAUUCCGGACAAGAGUUUUUCCGGUAAUCAGGCUGCAGUUUGCUUGCUCACAUUCGAUGAUGAAAUACCAGACGAUACAAAGCAGAAAAUUGGCGGCGAAAUUAAUUUAAGUGAAACUGCCUUCGUCGCUCAGUCUUGGAGUAAAUCCAUUCCACGGAAAAGUGAAUACGAUUACACGUUACGCUGGUUUACACCGACAGAUGAGAUUGAAUUGUGUGGCCAUGCCACUUUGGCAUCGGCGAGAGUACUGUUUGACCGAAUGGAAGUGCCGGUAGAUAGAGAAACGACCAUCAAUUUCGAAACGAAAUAUAAAGGCGUUUUAAGAGCAACCAUGAAUUGGGAAACAAGGCGUAUUGGUAUCAAUUUUCCGCUCACGCCCGUAACUCCCUACACUGAACAACAUUUUUCACUUCUGCCAAAACUGUUGGAAUAUUUGCUGGAACCUCUUGAUGUGAGCCGAAUACAUAGUGUUCAUUACGCGGCAUCAACAAAAUAUCUGUUCGUUAGAUUGUAUGACGAAAACGGAGAGAAGGGACUGUUGGAAUUGAAACCAAAUUUCUCUGGAUUGUCGACGUUGAAAGGAGAAGGUCUACCCCUCGGAAUAAUAGUGACUGUCAAGGGAAAUACUGACGGAGUUCAAUUUUACUCCAGAUUUUUCGCACCCAGUCUGGGCGUUGCUGAAGAUCCAGUAACCGGAUCUGCCCACUGUGCCUUGACCUCAUACUGGUCUGCUGAAUUUGGCUUAACUAAAUUGCUCGCCAAACAAAGCUCCAAACGAGGUGGACAUGUCUAUUGCGAAAUAGACAAAUCCGAUUCGGAUCGUGUGGUCUUCCAAGGACUAACCACACCAGUUGUUAAGGGAGAACUGUUGCUGUAAAAUAAAAAACAUAUUUUGCUUACAA